CUCUUGCAUUUUCAUAGGUCAUGGCGGACCACUCCUUUAAGUGACCGUCACAUUACGCGCGAUCAUACUAGAAUUCAGGUUAUCAUUCUUCUAUUCGCGCUGAAACUUCGUUAUCGUGAUCGGAUCUUCUUGUUGCGAGGCAAUCACGAAACGCCGGCUGUCAAUAAGAUCUAUGGCUUCUACAACGAAUGCGUCAUGAAGUACGGUGCUGGAAUUUGGUGGGAUUUUCAGGCAUGCUUCAACAGAAUACCUCUUGCUGGACUCAUCUCUAAAAAGGUCCUCUGCAUGCACGGCGGCCUUUCACCAGAGCUUAACCACCUCGACGUGAUCCGGAACAUUCCUCGUCCAUGCGAACCCCUGGAUCGUGGUUUACUCAUCGACCUCACAUGGGCCGAUCCUACAAACAAGGGAGAUGGAUGGUUUCACUCAUUAGAGGUCGUUCAAGACGGCUACGAAAUGAUGGCUGGACGCCGGCUGAUUACCGUAUUCUCAGCACCCAAUUACUGUGGACAGUUCACCAAUGCAGCAGCAAUCGUAUGUUUAGAUGAGGAUUUGGAGAUCACUUUCCAACAGCUCAAAAUGCAAAUUGCUGCGAAUCUGGCACCAAAGGCUAGACCGUGUCCUGUAAUCGCAAGUGAUCCAAACGCAGUGAAUGCCAAAGCCGACAAAGAUUUUAUUAAGCCGUUCACGGUUAGCCGUUUACUAACAGAAGUCUUCACAAUGACUAGGCCUCAAAGAUGA